AUGGUUGCUUCCACUCGCCUCUCCGCGCUGGUUGCAUUGAUAGCGUUCCUGGCCCCCAGAGCAGCUGUCACCACUACGGUUAUCCCUCCAGCGUCGCAAGGUCAAGUAGAUCCCGUUGACAAUUCCCUCGAUCUCAGUGGUACAACGACUGAUACGGAUGCCAUUGUUUCGACCGUUUCUGUUGUUUCCCAAAAGAGCGGUCCGACGGAUGACACUCCCCCCAACCAACCUGUUCCAGCAACGGUUGUAACCGCUGUUGACGGUCGGCUCACUGAAGCUGGGUCGGGGGAGACAAGACGUGGCAUUAGCAUGAGAUCGACGUCAGGAGAGUUUUCAAAGCGAACUACCAGCGGUUAUGAGCUCGUUUUCUCUGGCACGGGAACGAACUCGGGGGACAGGGAUGCUUCGAUUCAAGGCACUGCGUAUCUCACUUAUAAACUCCUUUCUAAUGCGACAUACGACGUUGACGGGUGCCUUGAAUUUUGCAGUAGUGUGAAAGGCUGUGUUUUUGCAAACAUUUAUUAUGAAUUCAACAACGAGUUGCUCGACUUUGUUUUUAAUGAGAAAUCGAACUUGAAAUGCGCGCUGUACGCCGAUGUUCAUACUGCGGCCGAGAAGACCAAUUCAGGAGGGCAACAAUCGGAGCCCUCACCUGCGGGAUUAACGUAUAUUCAGCAGAGUAGUGGCUACGCUUCUACGACGCUUGUCGAUCCCCCUACGCCCGAUGGGUACGAACUCGUCUUCGGCCCUUCUAACGGAGCAAACAACGCACCUGGCUAUAUGGGUUUCGCGUUCCUCGAAAAAUAUGACGUGAAUGCUUGUUCGCAGCUUUGUAACACUCGUAACGCUGAUCCAAAUGGUGGGGCUUGCCAAUACUUCAAUAUCUGGCGCGCUCUUGUCAAUGGUAUCCCAACGACAUACACUUGCAGCAUGUAUUUCCUUGUUGCCGAUGGGUCGACCGCCGUCAACACUGGCCAAGGAGAUCUUCAGGUUACCUUCUCUCGCGGGUACAGACGGAAAAACUUUGUCUUUGAUGGAGGAUUCGAAGGCUACACGGCCUGUAGCGACUUCUGCUUCACCAGUUCGUAUGCAAACUGGAUCGGUAUCAGCGUAGAUCCGGGCGAUCUCGACGCGUCCAUCUUCUUUUUCGCACCGUACGCACAUGCCGGUCAUGGCUCCGCGCUCCUUGGCUCAGCCUUUGACCAAGAUGGGUUGCCAGGGACUCUUACCCCUGCAAGUCCAUUGAAGACCGUCGCUGGACAGCAUUAUACGAUCACCUUCUUUCAUGCCAGCGUAUAUAGCGGCCGAACGCUUGAAGCAGCUGCGUUCGUUCAGAUUUUAUGGAAUGGAAAUAUUGUUUCGACGAUCACGCCAGGAUAUAGUGCUUGGACCUUCUACUCAUUUGAUGUAGUGGCGAAGGGGAAUGAUGUUCUCGCCUUCCACGGUGGAAGGGCUCCCGCUUGGUCGUUCCUUGAUGACAUUUGCGUUUUCCUAACGUAAUGUACCUUGACGACUGGUCUUCCUAAGAUUUGACGAGUAAUUUUACCAGUCAAAGGACAUUCCGAGCUUCUUAGCGCUUUCCCGAUUAUAACUAUCCGUACAUAAUUGGGCUCUUCCUUUUCCACUCGUUGUUUUGUUAUGUAUAUUCAUUAAUUUAUCGAUACAGC